AUGGAAUGGGGGAUCAUGUUUUCGAUGCCAGAGUUUUCCACGGACGCCUAUCCUCAUCUCAUCACAUCACAUCUCUUAUUCCGAGCUUACACGGACCCUCUGAACAACUCUGGAGGUUCUUUGGAUCCUCCAUCGAUUCCCCCACCACCUCCACCCCCUCCUCCGCUGAACAUUCCCCCUUCUCGGGCAAGACUUCAACUAGCGGCUCGGUUGGCGAUGCAUCAAAAGAACAACCAAGCACAAUCAUCUAGCAACCACGAUGAUGAUGAUGAUGAAGAUGACGAUAACCCCACAGAUCCUUUCGCAGACACGGAAGAGGACUUUGACGAUGAUGACCAACCUCAAGAUGAUGGCCGCGGUGCUUGGUGGAGAGACGUGGUUAGAGACAGAGGAGGUAAACCAGACGGGAAUGAAUCAGAUGAUGAACGCGACGACGACGACGAUGAUGAGUUUGGAGAUUUCGCAAUGCCCGAAGACGACGCAGGUGAUCAAUCCGUUCUACGGCCUCAGCCUGUGAAUCCCGCCAAAGAAGCUUCUACUCGCGGACUUAGUGGUUUGUGGCCUUUUGGUCUGUCAAAGGCUGAAAAGGAAAAGGAAGGGAAUAAGUCGACGGUUGAGGAAGAUGGAAGUUCGGCGGGUGAUGACACAAAGGCGGUGGAAGUCACGGAGGCGAAGAGAAGAACGAGUAUUGAGGAUCCUGAUGAUGAUGAGGUUGUUGUUUAG